AUGAGUUCUUUACCACCCACUGUAAAUGGCACUGCUGCCCAUAGCGAAAACGGACAAUCAGAAAUACCCCCCCAGGGUGCGAAUAGCAAUACAAUCCAUAGCCAAAACGGAGAGUUAGAGACACCUUCCCCGGCUGUCAACAACUUUCUACCAAACGGCCUCCCAGGCGGUGCCUCACAAACACAUCAACCCGCUGUCAAUGGUUCCUCGCCACAGGAACUGCCAGGCGAUGUCCCUACGAAAUACGACGUACUCAUCAUUGGUACGGGGCCAGCAGGAGCCUCUUUAGCUUCCUUUCUCACUUCUCAUGGAAUCACUGGUCUCAUGAUCAGCUCUGCCGCCACCAGCGCAGAUACACCCCGCGCUCAUAUUACCAACAUUGCUGCCCUGGAAGCACUCCGAGAUGUGGGCCUGGAUGAGGAAUGUGUGAGGCUGGGGAGUUUGGGAGACUGCAUGAUGCACACGAGGUGGUGCCAUAGCAUGGCUGGCGAGGAAUACGCUCGCAUCUACUCUUGGGGGAAUGAUCCCCAACGAAAAGGCGAUUAUGAAGCUGCCAGCCCGUGUGCACCAUGUGACUUGCCUCAAACGUUGCUGGAGCCAGCGCUUAUUAAAUAUGCAACAACACAUGGCUUCAAGUGCCGUUUCGAUACCUCCUUUGUCUCGUACCAGGAUAACGGACCAUCUGGUGUUGUCACAACACUUGUGGACAACUUGACUGGAAAAGAGUUCAAGAUCCAGUCAAAAUAUCUCUUUGGGGCCGAUGGAGCGCGUUCUCGAGUUAUGAAGCAGCUGGCAUUGCCUCUCAUUGCCAAGCCUGGUUCAGGGGUAGCAAUCAAUGUGCUCGUGAAAGCGGAUCUGUCACAUUUGAUCGAGCAUCGGCAAGGAAAUUUGCACUGGGUUAUGCAGCCCGACCGGCCACAUUGUGAUUUGGGAUGGAUGGCAAUUGUUCGAAUGGUAAAGCCCUGGACUGAAUGGAUGUUCAUCUUGUUUCCUAAACCUGGAGUUGAACGGCCCGAGCCAUCUAGAGAAGAAUACCAAGCCCAAGUCAAGAACCUGAUCGGCGACGACUCAAUUCCAGUAGAAAUUGUGAAUAUAUCUCGAUGGACGAUUAAUGACAUUGUGGCAUCACAGUACUCUCAAGACAACGUCUUCUGUCUUGGUGAUGCGGUACAUCGCCAUCCUCCUUUCAACGGCCUUGGCUCGAAUACCUGCAUUCAAGACGCUUUCAAUCUCGCCUGGAAAAUUGCCUACGUCCUCAAGGGUUACGCAUCACCGAACCUUCUGUCAACUUACAGUGUGGAGCGGCAACCCGUUGGCCAAUCCAUCAUCAGCCGUGCCAAUACGUCUUUCCACGAGCAUGCACGCAUCUGGAAGGUGUUGGGAAUGUUUCCAGAAGAGCUUUCAGAGCGUGUGGCCAUGCUGAACGAACUCUCAGCUGCGACUCCUGAAGGACAGAGCCGCCGGAAAGAACUCCAAGCCGCGAUCAAGGGAACAUCUCACGAGUUCCAUGGAUUGGGAAUCGAGAUGAAUCAGUUUUACUCAGGCCCCGGCAUCUACGUAGCCGAUGAGCCAGUACCAUUCGCGUUGGAGGGUCGUGCCGCCGAGGAUCCAGUGCUUUACUACAUGCCGAGCACAUACCCCGGCAAACGCCUUCCUCACGUUUGGCUCAACCAAAAAACCCCAGGUACUCCUAUAUCGACGGUAGAUCUCGCUGGGAAGGGAAAGUUCACUCUCCUCACUGGUAUCGGCGGCGAGGCUUGGAAAUCGGCAGCGGCUGUAGUUGAGAAGGAGUUGAACAUCGAGAUCAGCGCUUACUCUAUUGGUUUCGGACAAGACUGGGUAGAUGUGUAUUCGGAUUGGGACAGCGUGAGGGGGGUGAACGAGUCAGGUGUCCUUCUAGUGAGACCCGACCGUUUUGUGGCCUGGAGAUCUAGCGAUGUCUUAAGCGGUGAAACGGCAUGCGCAGAUAAGUUGGUACAAGUGAUGAGGAGUAUUCUAAAGAAUUAG